AUUUUAGGGGGCUGAGUUAAAAGAUGUUCAAGAACACACUGCUAACCCUUUCCUAGUUUUCAGAAGCUUAGAUGUUACCUGAACUCUGUAUUUCCAGAUUUUCAAAGUUUUAGUUGGAGUCAGCAUCCUGGAAAGGCACGGCAUACCACAGGCUAACUUUUUCUCUUCUGUGUCGUGAUCUCCAGCAGGCUCAGGUCAAUUAAGACACAGCUGCUUUCUGCUCUACCGGAUGAGACUGAGGGACCCGACUGAGAUGUCAAGUGAGUCAGACAUACAAUUCUCCACCAUCCGUUACUCAAGUUGUUGCGUGGUGCGCAGCACCUCUCUUCCACCACUUUUAGCGGCUCUGCAGUUAACCCCUGCCCCUUCUCACGCCUCCGUGCCUAUCGAGCUUGCCCUAGCACCUCCGAGGCUUUUCGAGUGCGCACCACGGGAUGCGUGACCCGGCGAGGGCCUGGCAUCGCUCCACUUUUCCUUCGCCGCCUGCCUCCCUCCCCAACGGGCCGCGACAGAGCACAGGCCUUGGGGCGGGGCGGGACAGGACGGGAGCCGGAGGGGCCUCAGACUUUUCCCCGGCCCAAGCCCAGUCGGGAGGGCUACCGCCUCUCUCCAUCCGACGUGUCUGGGUUUGAGCCCGGCUUCCGCGGCGCGGGGCGCGGCCGCCGGCCCGGCCUCUGCCGCUUCCCUUCUGCCUCGCACACCGAGCUCGGCCAGGGGAAGAAGCCAGCGCGGGAGGGUCCUCCCACCCCGGACCGGCCCUCCGCGGCGUGGGAACAGCCAGGCGGGGAGGAGGCGGGGGCCGGGCCCUGUCGGAAGGAGGGAGGGAAGAUGGCCGGGGCAGGCGCCGGGCAGGACCGGGGGGAGGCGACGGCGGGGCGCUGCUGAGCGGCGGGGCGGAGGCGCUCGGGCCGGCGGGCCGAGCUCGGGGACUGGGAGCCGCGGCGGCGCGGGGCAGGACCCGGGCGGGGUUAGGAAGCGCGGCGGGGCUGGUCCCGGCGCGGAGCGGGGCUGGCGCGGGGGAGGAUGAGCUCGGCGCGGCACAACCGAAGCCGCCCGAGUCCCGCUCCCUGCGGGGCCGCCUGUUAGUUCUGGAGGAGGAAGAGGAGGAAGAGGCGGCGGCGGGCGGCCGCGGCCCGGGCGGGACAGGAGCUGCCCCGGCGGCGGGCGGGGAGCGGGUUUCGGCCGGAGCUGGGCGGCGGCGACGGCCCGGCAGCGGAGCGGCCAUGCCGUGGUUGAGCGGUGGGCGACGGCGACGGCAGCAACAAGUGGCGGCGGGACAGGGCGGCGGGCCGCCGGCGGGCGGGCAGCGGGGCCGGGAGAGCUCGGAACUCCCACUGCCCGCCGGCUGGGAGGAAGCGAGGGACUUCGACGGGCGAGUCUUCUACAUCGACCAUAACACUCGACAGACCUCGUGGAUCGAUCCCCGGGACAGGAUUACAAAGCCAUUGACGUUUGCUGACUGUGUCGGUGAUGAGCUUCCCUUAGGAUGGGAAACUGUUUAUGAUCAACAGAUUGGAGUUUAUUAUAUGGACCACAUAAAUCAGCUCACACAAAUUGAGGACCCAAGGGAGCAAUGGAGAAGGGAGCAGGAGCGCAUGCUAAAGGAGUAUUUAAUAGUUGCCCAGGAGGCACUCAAUGCCAAGAAAGAGAUUUACCAAAUCAAGCAGCAGCGUUUUGAAUUAGCCCAAGAAGAAUAUCAGCAGUUGCACAAAAUGUGUGAGGAUGACAGCCGCUCUUACGCCAGCUCAUUCUCUGGAUUUUCAACCAAUACCAAGUACGACCCAUAUCAGAUCAAAGCAGAAAUAGCCAGCCGUCGGGAUAGACUUUCUAGGCUGAAACGAGAACUGGCACAGAUGAAGCAGGAGCUGCAAUAUAAGGAGAAAGGAGUGGAAACUCUGCAAGAGAUUGAUCGAAAGAUGUCAAGUGCUCAUACAAAUUACAGACUGGAUGAAGCCCAAGCUAUAAUGAGUGAGCUUCGAACCAUAAAGAAAGCUAUAUGUACAGGUGAAAAAGAAAGGCAGGACCUUAUGCAGAGCUUGGCCAAGUUAACAGAUGGCUUCAGGAAUAGCUGUUGUAUUACAGAUUCACUGCAGGAUCUCCAGCACAAUUCUAGUUCACUCAGCGACUCCUGUUUACCUCAACAACACUGUGAUGCUUAUUCUCAGACUGACAUCACCGGUGAGUUUGGGUUUGAUGACAAAACAAGACUUGUAGACAAAGUAAGACUGAACUGGCAGUAUGAAGAGGCAAAGAAAAGGGUUUCAAAUAUACAACAGCAGCUGGCCUUGCUAGACAACGAAUCUUGGCCAGGAAUGGCUGAAGCGGACAGAGACCGUCUCCAGCUCAUCAAAGAGAAGGAGGCUCUUCUUCAGGAGUUGCAGCUCAUCAGUCAGCAGAGGCGAUCCCCAGAAGACAUCGCACGUUUGGAGGAAGAAAAAAGACGUUUGGAGGAUGAAAUUCAGCGGGCUCGAGCAACAUCUGCACAUGGGGCCACUGAAAGGAUACUCUUACAGGAAAAGAGAAAUUGUUUGCUUAUGCAACUAGAGGAAGCUACUCGUUUAACCUCCUAUUUACACUCCCAGUUAAAAAGUCUGUCAGCUAGCACCCUCACAAUGUCCUCUGGCAGCAGCAGGGGAUCUCUGGCCUCCAGUCGAGGAUCCUUGGCCUCCAGCAGAGGCUCCCUGAGCUCAGUCAGCUUUACGGACAUCUAUGGCCUCCCGCAGUAUGACAAGGCAGACGGCGUCACAGACUAUGGGCAGCAUUUGCGCUUUGACAUCAUUCCCUUUGAGUCGCUCACCAAGGAUGUGCCUUACGCUGAUCCCGUCGGACACUCGAACUUCAACAAGCAGCGGCGGUCGCUGGAUACCCCGCAGUCCCUGGCAUCCCUGUCGUCACGGUCCUCCUUGUCAUCAUUGUCCCCUCCAAGCUCACCUCUGGACACCCCAUUUCUCUCUGCAUCUCGAGAUUCUCCCUUGGCUCAGAUGUCAGAAGGUUUUGAGGAGAUGGCAAGCAUAGGAGCCCUGGAAAUGCUCAGGGCUCAGACCACAGCACUGGGUGAUGAUGACACACAAGGAACGAGCUCAUCUCAUGUGUCCACUUACCCUGUGGACAGUGAAGGCUUGCGAGAAAUGGGACCACAGCUGACUUCUGCCCAGACUGGUGGAGCUGUAACUCUGCGAGGAGACAGUGGUAGAAGAUCGGAGAGGCGAGCCAGGCGAGUUUCAGCAUGUCUCUCAGAUCAUUCACUGGCUAGUGACAGUGGCGUGUUUGAAGCUUUAAGCAAAAGAAAUGAGGAUCUGGAAGAGCCUGUUUAUGGUGAUGCUGCCAGUAAUGAGGAACCGCAAAUACGUGUUGGAGUUCUGCAUGACAGUGGAAGUGAAUGUCUGUUAGUCCAUGUACUACAGCUGAAGAACUUCACUAGUCUAGUUGUGAAAGAAAACUCCAAAAUUCACGUGAGAGUUUAUUUGCCACCACUUGAGUCAGGCACACCAACCACUUACUGCUCUAGAGCUAUGGAAUUUCAAACUCCAUUAAUAUUUAAUGAAGUUUUCCGAAUCCCCGUGCAUUCAAGUGUUCUGAAAUUCAAAUCACUGCAGCUGUAUAUCUGCUCAGUUGACCAUCAGCAACAAGAAGAACUAUUGGGCAUUGCUCAGAUAAACCUGACUAAUGCAGAGAGCUCUGCUGACAUGUAUCUUCACUGGUAUACUGUUCAGAUCUUCACUGGCUCAGACCCCCAGAGAGCAAAGAACAAAAACCAGUGUGAAGAAAGUAUUCCCUGUGCUUCUGGAAAUGUAACUACACUUAAAACAGAUGCAGUGACUGCCCUCUUAGCUAGGACCACUGCCCAGCUGGAAGCAGUUGAGAGAGAGCUGGCAGAAGAGAGAGUAAAACUGGAAUACACAGAGGAGGAAAUCUUGGAGAUGGAAAGAAAGGAAGAUCAGGCAGAAGCCAUAUCAGAACGGAGUUGGCAAGCAGAAUCCGUUGACAGUGGCUGCAGUAAUUGCACCCAGACUAGUCCACCUUAUCCAGAGCCAUUUUGCGGGGAUUCGUUAGCUGGACACAUGUUUGCAGCUCCAGCAGGCCAGUACAGUUCUGGAAAAAUGCAGUCUCCACCACUAAAGGUGGAUAAGGAAACUAACACUGAGGAUCUGUUUCCUGAAGAAGUUGCUAUUCUUCCAAAAGAGAGAGCUAGCCGCAGGCCACGGGGUUCUGCUUUUGUUCGCAGUAGCACUAUUGUUCGUUCCCAGACCUUCUCGCCUGGAGCACGGAGUCAAUAUGUUUGCAGACUGUAUCGCAGUGACAGCGACAGUUCGACUCUGCCAAGGAAGUCCCCGUUCGUGCGGAACACGCUGGAGCGGCGCACCCUGCGGUAUAAGCAGCAGUCCUGCAGAUCACCUUUGGCUGAGUUUAUGGCGAGGACAUCCCUAGACCUGGAGCUGGAUCUCCAGGCAUCCAGAACUAGACAGAGACAGCUGAACGAGGAGAUAUGUGUCUUAAGAGAGUUGAGACAGCGUCUGGAAGACGCCCAGCUCAGAGGGCAGACAGAUCUACCCCACUGGGUCCUUCGGGAUGAGCGAUUCCGAAACUUGCUGAGGGAAGCAGAAAGGCAGACCAGACAGACCAAAUUUGAACAUCACCAAGAGCAAGCAGCUGAAAAGAUGCUAAAGAAAGCAUCAAAAGAAAUAUACCAGUUGCGUGGGCAAAACCAGAAGGAGCCUAUUCAGGUGCAGACUUUUAGAGAGAAGAUAGCUUUUUUCACAAGACCAAGGAUUAACAUACCUCCUCUGCCAGCUGACGAUGUAUGACAUGUUGCGUUGUAAACAUGAAGUAUUUAUCACUUUUAUUUUAAUGAAGUUCUUAGAUUAGCCAAGUUUCUUUUCAAUUAAAA